UUCUGCGCGCUCGUCAUUGGCGAUUUUUGGUCCUCGAUUCGCGUCGGGUCAGUGCUUUUGUUACGGACAAACGUACUAUCGAUAUCUACGUGAGAUAUCGCUUAUCCGUGUCAAAGAUAAAUGCUUGAUUUAUCAGAGACGAUAACAAGGUAGGCAAAGAAUUAAAUCGCGAAUCCAACAGUGUUGGCUUGACGGUUAGCUUGAAUUCGCAUCACCGGAAUCGAUAUAAUAUAAUUUAAAUAAAUCUCGGAAGUAAGAGGGAGAUAACGAUCGUUUUCGAAUCUCGCCCUUAUUUCUGUUGGUCGACCGAAUUUAUUGCACGAUCAUGCGAUACACGGAAGUGGAACCGAUGAUGGAGCAGAGCUACGCGCAACAGCUCAACGAGAUGUCGACGAGCAGCGAACAAUCAUCGGCGACCGGUAUCAGACAAUGACGAUGUCGAGUACGGCGACGCAGACAAUAGAGAUGCAGGAGAACGCGCCGAUCGUUUACGCCAACAGCAACGUCAUCACGAUGCAACCGACAGAAGGCGAACUUCGAUUUCCGCGAAGGCCUAUUCCCAUCAUCACCACUGACUGGAUCUCGACACCCAGGGCACAAUUAAACGCGACCUCCGGCACACAAUUCUUGGCCGGCGUCGAACAGUUGGAAAUUCAGCAGGUUAUUGAUUUGAGUACUCUACUCGGCAGAAUUGAGAGGGGGACUCAGUACAGGGUGAAAGUACCACGGGCGGAAACGCUAUUUCUUGCCAUGGAGUCCAAGAUAGAAACGGAGUCGCGGAUGUGCGGCUGGUACAAGGGUUUCGUGUUAAAUGUUCUGGAUCAAUGCGGCGAAACCGCGUUCGUUAUGCGAAAAGAUCCCAGUUGGAUGCACAUACCUGGAUCGCGGCAGAAAAUCACAGUGGAAAGCGCGAAUCUUAUCGGUAGCGUGGAAGAAAACUUUAGUUUCAUGGGACCGAAUUUCACGGUGUAUGACGCGUUCAAGGAACCUCUCUGCAAUAUAUACGGUCCUAAUAUCUGCGGCUGUUGCAUGUAUAAAGAAGCGCAAUUUCAGAUAAUAUCGUUAGACGGAUCGCGCCAAGUCGCAUCGCUGAUACAUCAAUGGGACCACUUGUCGGUCGAUUAUAUUCUAUUGCUCACAUUUCCAGUAGAUACCGACGUGAAAUUAAAAAGCCUGCUCCUCGGCGCAUCAUUCUUAAUAGAAUAUUUAUAUUUUCAACGAAUCAAAAAUGCAUCCAGGAGAUAAAAUCCUACACAAAAAGGCCGAACAUCUUAAAGAUAUCUAAAGGACGAUAAUAUAUUUUUAAGUUGCUUUUUAAACGUCUUUUAGAGACAUGUAAUGUCUGGGACGAUUUUAGUACAAAACAAUAUACAUUUCAAAAUCUUCA